GUUUUAAUAGCGGUUCCCCCAAAAGGUAAAACCCUAGCCCCCAUUUUCCCCUCUCCGAUCGAAUCCCAUGAUGCCGUCGUCUCCGAUCUCCGAUCAUCCUCCUUCUCCCUCCGCCUCUUCAAUCGACGCCGCCGACAACAAUCUCCAGCCAUUCUUCGUUCUUCACAAGGCAUCGUCUCGAAAAUCCGAGAUAAAACCUUGCGGAGUUAAAAAAGCGCGAAGAAAGAUCGAUCUUCCUUCCUCUCCCUCAAAAUCUGCCGCCAAAGCCGACGAAUCUCAGUCUGAUGAUGCUUUCUAUGAGCAAUUGAGGAUAGAAGCGUUCGAUCUGACUUGGUCGAAGAUCCAUCUUGCUAUCAAGGAGGUUUUGAGGAAAAUCAACCUUGAUGUUUUCAACGAGGUGCAUCAAUGGAUUAGCGAGUCGCUCUCUGUUGUCAAGUCUGUUAGGGCGCAGAAUAUAUUGGCAAUUCAACGGCCAUUCCCUAUUAUAUCUGAUGCUAUAUGCAAGCAGAUACCAACUGGUUUUAUACUUACAAAGAAUGCGGAGUUUGUUGAUGAUCUUUUGACAUUCCAAGAACUCAGUGGGCACUUGAAAUCCAGUGGAUGCCAUGUGGCGAAUUUAACCUCAUUGGACUUUUCGGCAAAGCAUGGUAUUGGCAACUGCCUUAGAAGCUUGUUGAGGCAGUUGGUUACGGAGGCGAUUGAUGUCUCUGACAUAACCAUGCUAGCAUCGUGGUACUGUGAACCAUCGAACUGUGAUCGUCCUGUCAUUGUGAUAAUAGAUGAUAUGGAGCGAUGCAACGGUGAGACGCUUGCUGAGUUUAUCAACCUGCUGAGCGAAUGGGUGAUCAAGAUUCCAAUAUUCUUCAUAAUGGGCGUUGCAACAACUGUUGAUGCCCCGAGGAAACUUCUUGCUUCAGAUACAUUACAACGUCUGCAACCAUUUAAGUUCACAUUGGGAUCACCCUGUGAGAGAAUGGAUGCUUUAACAGAGUCCGUCCUGGUAAAAACGUGUUCAGGGUUCAAUAUUGGUCACAAGGUUGCAGUGUUCUUGCGGAACUAUUUCUUUAGACAUGAUGGAACAGUAACUUCUCUUGUAAGGGCGCUAAAGAUUGCAUGUAUUAAACACUUCUCACUAGAGCCUCUGAGCUUUUUGGGCCAGGGUAUACUCGACGAUAAUUGUGAGAAAUAUUGGCAUCACAAAUGUGAAGCUUUGCCUGACAGCAUGAGGCAGCAUGCUUUUGAGUUUCCAUCCUGUCAGAGGGCAAAAGUUUCCAGUGGCACUUGUGAUGAUCUCAUUGAAGGGCUGUCAAAGUUGAGGAUACUGCAAAGGAACUGGAGUUCUGUUGUUCUGUGCUUAUUUGAAGUUGGAAAACUAAACAAGAUGCAACUACUAGACAUUUUCUGUGAGGCUGCUGAUCCAUCACUCUACAACCUAAGAAAUUCAGAUCAAAUGUUGCCAAUAUCCUCAUCGGCUUAUGACAAUUUGAUUGAAGGGAAGUGUGGUUUUACAAAAGGUGGAUUUCUUGCUCAGGCGAUACAGAAGGUAAGGGAGCUGUCAGUUGCAUCACUUUCUCGUUUGCUGACUAUGUGGAGUAUUCACACCAGAGAAAUAAGCCAGGUCCAUGACAAAGUGAAAGAGCUCCAAUCCAUAAUAGGAACGACAGAUGCUAGCCAGAUUUCAAGAGAAUCUGCAACAGAAAUUUAUAAGAAACUAAGAUCUGCGGGCACCGCAAAGGGAAUGCAAUCAGUUAGCGAUAAAGCAGCUAUGCUGUUGGAUGGCAUGGUCAGGAAUUUUCUGAUCCCCAUUGAGAGUAUACCAUUCCAUGAAGUUAUCUGCUUUAAAAAUGUUGACAUUCUGCAAGCAGCUUUAAUAGGGGAUCCAAGAAGAACAAUUCAGGUUGAUCUGCUGAAGUCUCAAAGCCAUCUUCAAUGCAGUUGUUGUGGCAAAGGAGAAAGUAUAUCACCCUCAAUGCAUGAUACCUCUAUCAUGUACAAUCUCGCUCAAGAGUACGGUGACCUCAUUAAUCUUCAUGAUUGGUAUCAAUCUUUCAAGGUUACAACUGUUGGAUCUUCAAAAACCCAACGUAAAGCACAGAAAUCUCCUGCAUCAAAGAAAAUGAAAACUGCAGCCACAGAGAGUGAAGCAACAACUCAAGCAAGGUUUUGUCGAGCAGUAACAGAGCUGCAGAUCGCAGGCCUUCUUCGGAUGCCAAGCAAGAGAAGGCCAGACUUUGUGCAGAGAGUUGCAUUUGGACUCUAGGUUGUAGAAUGUCUCUACGAGUUCUCCAAAAACUGCAUUGAAAGUUUUCCUCGGGUAAUUAAAGAGACAUAGAUGUUCUGUAGGAGCAUUUCCCUGUAUUCUUAACUGGAUCCAGGGAGCUAUUUCUGUUGCUUUGAAGUUGCAUGCGUUAUUGUGCACCUGCAGUUGUACGGAGCAGAACAGAGUUGAUGGUUGCCAAAAUCAAAUGGUGUUGCGGCUAGAGAUACUAUUCCGUUUUUGAGGGAGUAAUAUGUCAAAAUUCUUUGAGAAAUAUUUCCUUGUUCUUUGAAUAGCCUGUUAAAAUCCACGAGACUCCACUGGACCGAUGUUAGAGAGCCCUGCUAGUGCUACCUGGUAAAUCGUACACGGCUCUUUUGCUAUCGAUUGAAAUUCAAAGCAAAAUAUGAAAGUUUUGU